AUGUUAUCGUACCGAGUCUCGCAAAACGCCUCGCCCCCUGUAGAGUCGCUCCCGUUCCUGCACCUGUGCCUCUUGCUACCGUCGAGGCCGCUGUCUCCAGUGCUGCCUUGGCAGUUUGGUUCCUCUACGGCCUCGCCGCCACUGUCUGCGGAUCCGCCUACUCCGUGGGCAUCAAUGGUGGCCCCUCUCCCUAUGAUGGCAGCGGACGCUCUGGCGCUUGUGGCGGUUGCCCUUGCAGAAGCCAGCCCAGUAGGGGUCCUGGGGCGCCAGGUCCCAGCCCUGCUCCUGGCCGUCUCAGCACUGGCUGGGCUCGAAUCUUCUUCCCCCCCUUCCCACGAGCGGCGCGGACAGUCUCGCCGUUCCCGCAACCCCAUCUAUCGUUCGCCGCCUGGGCGUGCCCCUGCGUAUCUGCGCCCACGGCAGCAGCAGGCAUUCCGGCGCACACAACGGCAGCCAUCCCGUCCUCCUAGGUCAGGGCUCCGUUCCGUUCCCCCGCUGCAGCAGACAUCACCGCUGCCAACACAGCAGCUGCCACAGGUGCCGGUGACGCGGACAGCGCCGCCUCUGCCGUCUGUUCCUGAGCGCCAGCCAGCCUCUGGCUCUCCACCUGCUGAAGUGCUACUCGGGGGGUGGAAGAAGGUGAGAUUGAGCUGCCGCCAGAGGCAGCAGCAGUCACGACAUCAGACACUGGCCCCUCCUCAGUCUCCGCCCCCUCCACGGCAGCAGCCAUGUCAGUCCCCACCAGCGGCGCCUCCUCGGGCUCAGCCGCCCCCUGAACUAGUUACCACUUCCCCAGCCUCAGCUGCAUCAGCCGCCAACUCCCCAGGUGCUGCUAUUCCCUCCCGUCUCGUCGGCUCCUCGUGCUCCUGCUCGUGUAGCUGCGACGCUUCUCCACGUCAAGCAGUGCGUAAUGCACGUGGGGACGUGCCUGACGUUGCUGUCCAUCUCCCCGUCACCCAUUUCCUUCCUCCCCGGCCUCCUAAGCCGCUCUAG